AUGAAAGUUGAGCGGUCCAGUGGACAGCUGGAUCAAGGAUCUGGAGCUCCUACCGAGAUGCUGUUCUAUCCUGCCCUCGUCGCAAACACAGCAAGCAAUCCAACACCACCACAAUCGCCAUCAGCAUCUGCCCAAAGCAGGAUCGCAGAGGCGAUCGGCAACAUCCACGAGCUCCGUGCCAUAUCUGUCUGCUCCCAUCUACUUACCAGGUCUGCAAACUUAACUCCGCCAAGUUCUCCAGGCGCUCACGAUGUCGACCAGGAAGCAGUGUUCCUGCCUAGAGUGGGCACAGAAGCCCAAGACAUCGUUCAUGAACCGCCCGUGCGGAAGCGUAAAAGUGUCAAUGACACUUUUGAUCAGGCUGCUGAGCGGAGGAAGAAAGCACGACGUGGUGGUGGAGGAGGAGUCGCGGCGGCUGCUGCGGUGAAGCAGGAAUUCAGCUUCCCGUCCUUGGAUCAUCGACGAGCGGCCAGUGGUAGCGACAGUCAGAUCACGGCAGCACAGUCGAGGCCACCCUCCGGAUCGCCGAGCAUCUCCUCAUCGCGGCCAGGGACGGCACGGUUGGGCUCUGAGGCGCCCAAGCGUUCAGGCCUGUCACGUGUACAUAGUGCUGCGUUGGCUGCACCUGAGGACACGAUCGAGACCCGGAACAAGGAGAUCAUAUCUCGUAUAGUCAUGGCAGGUAUGCGAUUGUAUGGUGUCUCGCAGAGCAAACGGCCCAAAUCAAGGACUGGCUCAACCCUCGCGUCACCAGCAGUCGAUGUCACUUUCGAGGUUCUGGAUGCUGAGCGACAGCAAGACGAAGAGUACAAGCUCGUCUAUCAUCAGGUCUACAAAGCCACGUGCUUUACAUUUAGACACCACAUCGCCAUUGAUAACCUAUCUGCCCGGUCCGAGGCUCUUCGACAGACUGCGGACGACCUACUCGGCGUGUUCUGCAACGAUCCGCUAAAAGCUGGCCUGCCGAGCAUAGUAGACGAGUAUACGCCUGGUGGACGCAAAGCGUUUGCACCCGCUGUCACUGGGACGCUGACCGGUAUGGCCUUGCCAUUUGUCACCGAGUCGAACAAAUAG